AUGUUUUAUAGCGGACCAAGGAUGACAAAGGGAAUAGGAUACCAAAACUGGAGAUGGCAGGCGCUUUGGUGGCAUAAUUUCUUUCUCUUGUGGAGUACAAUAGACGGACAGACUCGUUACAGCAUCCCGGAGGAGCUGAAACAGGGUUCUGUGGUAGGAAAUCUUGCCAAAGAUCUGGGUUUGGGAAUAUCUGAGAUUUUUGAUCGUAAACUGCGUGUCGCCUCUGAGGCUGGUGAGCAGUAUUUCAGUGUGGAUGCGGGGAAGGGCGAGCUGGUGGUGAAUGACAGAAUAGACAGAGAGGCUUUAUGUGGACAAAGCGCCAGCUGUGUUCUACCUCUGCAGGUUGUAAUUGAAGACCCUUUACAACUUUUUCGUGUUGAGGUAGAAAUACAAGACAUUAAUGAUAACGCACCUAGAUUCCCAUCAAAUGAUAUCACGUUGGAGGUUGCAGAAUCUACGGCUUUGGGGAUUCGUUUUCCAUUAGAAAGCGCUAUAGACCCAGAUGUUGGCAGUAAUUCACUGAAGUCAUACACUCUCAGUAAAGAUGAAUGUUUCAGUAUAAGAGUUAAAGAAGUGGCCGGUGGAAGGAAAGUCCCUGAAUUAAUUUUGGCAAAAAAUUUAGAUAGAGAGAAAAAGGCUGUUCAUAAGCUUUUGUUGACAGCUCUGGAUGGAGGCAACCCAGUUAGAUCAGGGACAGCUCAGCUGUCUAUUAGAGUCCUUGAUAUUAACGAUAAUGUUCCAACAUUUGAGAAAACGUUGUAUAAAGUAUCCAUCAGUGAAAACGCCUCAGACGGUUCAUUAAUAGUACAAACAAAAGCAACAGACGUGGACGACGGUCAAAACGGAGAAAUUGAAUACUCAUUUGGUGCGCACACAUCAGAUACUGUUCUCUCUGUUUUUAGUAUUGAUCAAAUAUCAGGAACAAUAUUUCUUAAAGGACAACUAGAUUUCGAAACAACUGCAAAUUAUGAAUUAGACGUAAGUGCGAAAGAUAAAGGCAGUCCGAGAAUGGAGGGGCACUGUACUGUGCAUGUUGAGGUUUUAGAUGUUAACGAUAAUGCACCAGAAAUAAUACUCACCUCUCAUCCAAAACCAGUGCGUGAAGACUCAAAUAAUGGCACCGUAGUAGCUUUACUAAGUGCUAGAGACCUGGACUCCGGUGUUAAUGGUAAAGUGACAUUACAGCUCCCUAAGAAAUCUCCAUUUGCUCUAAAGCCGUCGUUUUCUCAAAAUUAUGCACUGGUCACAAGUGGUGUUUUAGAUCGAGAAAAUGUUUCGGAAUAUAAUAUUGAAAUAACAGCGACUGAUUCGGGCUCCCCUCCUCUGUCCAGUAAGAAAAUUAUACCUGUCAGCAUCAAUGAUGUGAAUGAUAACCCUCCUAUAUUCACUCAGCCUUCCUAUAAUGUGUAUUUAAAAGAGAAUGGGGUCCCAGGCUCUAUACUGUACUCAGUAUCAGCGUCUGACCUGGAUUUUGGCGAAAACGCUAAAAUCUCUUACUCUAUACUGGACUCUAAAGUGCAGGACGUUUCUGUCUCCUCUUAUGUUUACAUUAACUCAGAUAACGGCAGCAUCUACAGCAUGCACUCGUUUGACUAUGAGAAACUGAAGGUGUUUCAGAUCCAGGUUCAGGCAAAGGAUCAGGGCUCUCCGUCUCUCAGCAGUAACGCCACUGUCCAUGUUUUUAUCCUGGACCAGAACGACAAUGCCCCC